UGGCGCCUGGCGGUGGGGGUUCGGCUUCCCUCCAAGGCAGCCUUCCUUUCUGCAGGCGCGCAGGCCGCAGGGGCAGCUCCCCGUCUUCUUUAUCACUAGCCGAUCGCCGCAGCGCACGACGAUGUACAGAGCGGCCGCCUCGCCGCUCCGUCACAGCCUCCGCCGCCUCUCCUCCUCCUAUUCCGCGGCUACCCCGCUCGCUGGGGCCGCCCGCUUCCUCGCGCCCUCCUCCGAGGGUCGGCUCUCCGCACUCACCUCGUCUCGCCUCCUCGGGUCGGCGCCGUGCCGGUGCUGCUCAGGCGCCGGGAUCGCCGAGCGGCCUGCGUCUGCGUGGCGCGGACUCGCCACCAUGGCUGACGGUAAUAGCCGCUUUGGGCAUGUGCUGACAAGCCUCCCAAAGCCCGGUGGUGGAGAGUACGGGAAGUACUACAGCUUACCAGCCCUGAAUGAUCCUAGGAUAGAAAGAUUGCCAUAUUCUAUCCGGUAUCUACUGGAGUCAGCCAUCCGCAACUGUGACGGAUUUCAGAUUACAGAGAAGGAUGUCGAAAACAUCAUUGAUUGGGAGAAUACUGCUCCCAAGCUGGUGGAGAUACCUUUCAAGCCUGCCCGUGUGCUUCUGCAGGAUUUUACUGGUGUCCCAGCUAUCGUAGAUCUUGCAAGCAUGCGCGAUGCUAUGGCUCAACUGGGCGAUGAUCCUGGCAAGAUUGAUCCCAUGAUUCCAGUGGAUCUAGUCAUUGAUCAUUCGGUACAGGCUGAUGUGGUAAAAUCAGAGAAUGCCCUCCAAGCUAAUAUGCAACGCGAAUUCGACAGGAACAAGGAGCGCUUCGCCUUCCUUCGGUGGGGCUCUACGGCAUUCAAUAAUAUGCUUAUUGUUCCACCAGGUUCAGGAAUUGUUCACCAGGUGAAUCUUGAAUAUCUUGGACGAGUUGUUUUCAAUACGGAUGGCAUUUUAUAUCUUGACAGUGUGCUGGGAACGGAUUCUCACACUACUAUGAUUGAUGGAAUGGGGGUUGCUGGCUGGGGUGUUGGGGGAAUUGAAGCAGAAGCAACAAUGCUUGGUCAGCCAAUGAGCAUGGUCUUGCCCAGUGUAGUUGGAUUUAAACUGACAGGGAAAUUGCGUGAUGGUGUUACUGCAACCGACUUAGUCCUGACAGUGACACAUAUUCUUAGGAAGCAUGGUGUUGUUGGCAAAUUUGUUGAGUUUUAUGGUGAGGGGAUGAGUGAGUUAGCAGUUGCUAACAGGGCAACAAUUGCUAACAUGUCACCAGAAUACGGUGCAACAAUGGGCUUCUUCCCUGUUGAUCAUGUGACCCUUGGAUACCUGAAGCUGACAGGGAGAAGUGAUGAAAAGGUUGACAUGGUAGAGGCAUAUCUUCGAGCUAACAAAAUGUUUGUUGAUUACAACGAGUUUCAGACUCAAACAGAAAGAGUUUACUCAUCGUACCUAGAGUUAGAUCUUGCAGAUGUUGAACCAUGUGUUUCAGGCCCGAAAAGACCUCAUGACCGUGUUGCUCUGAAAGAUAUGAAAGCAGACUGGCGUGCCUGUCUCAGAAAUAAAGUUGGUUUUAAGGGCUUUGGCAUACCUAAAGAGCAACAGGAUAAACUAGUCAAGUUCACCUUCCAUGGACAACCUGCAGAGAUUAGACAUGGUAGCAUUGUGAUCGCUGCCAUAACAAGUUGCACAAACACCUCGAACCCAAGUGUCAUGCUUGGUGCUGGCCUUGUUGCAAAGAAGGCGUGUGAGCUUGGCCUUGAGGUUAAUCCAUGGAUUAAAACUAGUCUUGCGCCAGGAUCCGGGGCAGUGACCAAAUAUCUGCUGAAGAGUGGCUUGCAAAAGUAUUUAGAUCAUCUAGGUUUCAACUUAAUUGGAUAUGGCUGUACAACAUGCAUUGGUAACUCUGGGGAGCUUGAUGAAGAUGUUGCUAAGGCAGUUACUGACAACGAUAUCAUUGCUGCUGCAGUACUCUCUGGUAACAGGAACUUCGAAGGGCGAAUUCAUGCAUUGGUUCGGGCCAAUUACCUUGCCUCCCCUCCUCUGGUUGUGGCCUAUGCCCUUGCUGGCACUGUUGAUAUUGAUUUUGAGACGGAACCAAUUGGGAAAGGAAAAAAUGGAAAAGAUGUGUACUUCAAGGACAUAUGGCCAUCAAAUGAAGAAAUUGCAGAGGUUGAGCAAUCAAGUGUGCUGCCUGACAUGUUCAGGAGCACCUAUGAAGCAAUCACACAAGGCAACCCAAUGUGGAACCAGCUGUCAGUUCCCAAGGCAAAGCGCUUCCCAUGGGACCCCAGUUCCACCUACAUUCAUGAUCCUCCGUUCUUCAAGGAUAUUACACCGACUCCGCCAGGUCCACGCAGCAUAGAGAAUGCCUAUUGCCUGUUGAAGUUUGGUGACAGCAUCACGACAGACCACAUCUCACCAGCUGGGAGCAUCCCCAGGGACAGCCCUGCUGGCAUGUACCUGCUUGAGCGCGGUGUGCAGCCAAAGGAUUUCAAUUCUUAUGGAAGCCGUCGGGGCAACGACGAAGUGAUGGCACGAGGAACUUUUGCAAAUAUCAGGAUUGUGAAUAGGCUGUUAAAUGGAGAAGUUGGACCGAAGACGAUUCACGUCCCUACAAGUGAUAAGCUCUUCGUGUUUGAUGCUGCAAUGAGAUACAAAGCUGAUGGGCAUCAUACCAUAGUGUUGGCUGGAGAGGAAUAUGGCAGUGGAAGUUCUCGGGAUUGGGCUGCCAAGGGACCAAUGUUACUGGGGGUCAAAGCAGUGAUCGCCAAGAGUUUCGAGAGGAUCCACCGCAGCAACCUCGUGGGAAUGGGAGUGUUACCGCUGUGCUUCAAGCCUGGUGAGGAUGCUGAUUCUCUGGGGCUCACCGGUCAUGAGCGCUACACAAUAAGGCUCCCUACCAAUGUGAGUGAGAUACAACCGGGCCAAGAUGUCCAAGUGGUCACUGACACUGGGAAGUCAUUUACCUGCAAGCUCCGGAUUGAUACCCUGGUGGAGCUGGCUUACUUUGAUCAUGGCGGGAUCCUUCACUACGUUCUGAGGAACCUGGUGAAGCAGCAACAGCAGCAGUAAAACUCUAAAAAUACAUGAAAAUCUGUGAAUAUUUGCCUAUCUUGUGUGUUUCGAAAAAGGCUAUUGUGAGGAAUAAAAUCACUCCUGCAGUUUGUAAAGUCAAGCCGAUGUAAAUGUUCAUGAGCUGAGGCUGAGCUGUGCUGUUUUGUAUUAAAAUUUCUGUGCUAAUAAAUAAAGAUGGUAUUGGUA